AUGUGGCUUCGGGCUGUGAAGCGGGAGAUUCGCUUCACACUUGCGGUGAAAAGCACUGGAAUUGAGUUGCCUCAAAAUGGUUCCAACUCUGCCACAUCCCUGUCGCCAGCAGCAGGAAACGGAGACAAAGCUUCUUCCGUUGUGGAACUGAAGGGUAGCUCGACUGGCGGAACUCUAAGGAAGAUGAAAAGCUUGGACGAGUUGACGAAGGAGAGACAGCCUGUUCAGAAGGACUUUCUCAAGAAAGGAAAAGGCAAGGGUAAGGUGAAAGGCAAGGGCAAAGGGAAGACAAAGAAACCCAGUGGUCCGCAUCUUCCGCGCGCGCGCGUGUCCAAAGAACCUCUGAGAGGCGAGGUACUGGAGUGGAAAUCCAAAUUUGGAUGGAUCAAGGCAUCCAGCGACAUUGACCACCCAAUGGCGGAGAAGCGCCAAGGGAAAAUCUACAUAAACGUGAUAGACCUGAUCACGCGCAAGUCUUUGGCGCCAGGUGAGGUGUGCGAGUUUCACCUUUACUCAGACGCAAGCGGGCUUGGUGCAGAAGAGUGCUGGGUGGUUGGUGAUGAGGAUUGGAGUGAAUGGACGGCAGAGGGGGAAGCUAUGGAAGGUUCCGACGACUGGCAAUGGACUGACGACGACUGGAACCGUUGGCAAAGCAGCGAUGGGGGCUCAGAGGUCCAAGCACAGGAUGUUUAG